GCUCCACUGCGCCAAGUUGUGUUCGGACUGUCCACUAUGCCAUAUCAAGCUCAGCGAAUCUCCGUUCAAUAUCCAAGCAGGCGCCCAUCACUUUCCAGGCUCGGCGGUGGAUCAGCAACGAACUCCUAAUCCAUACAGGAUAAAUAUACAUCCCAAAUUCUACAAAACAGGCGCCCAAAUUGGCCGCCGUAGUUUUUAAACUGGUGUCGCAGGAUAUUAGUCGCUUGACCUCUUUCUCCCACCCUGAUACACCGUCUCUCCUGAGCUUCAGAUUCAUUUCUGCGUGGUCGACCCUCCAUUUCAGGCGUGGCCUUACUAUUUAUUCACUAUUGGGGAAUCAUUCAGGAACCAGGUACCUUGCUAAUAGCUAGCGCUCUAUCAUCCACCAGCUUCGCGAAUGUCCAUGACGCUAGCAUUAUCACCGAAAAGCCAAAUCUAUGCUGUUGGAAGGGGCGCGCAUUUAGUAUCUUAUGAGAUGAAUAUCGGGGACUGUGAUCAUGACCACGCAGUGGGUGGUUACUCGGACAACUCUUCACACCACAAUUUUCCAGCCAUUCCGCUCAAAUCGGGGCGUAAGAGAGCACUAUGUAUCGGUAUCAACUAUCGUGACAGAAGCAACCGGCUCCAAGGCUGUAUAGAAGAUGCUACAAAGAUUCGCGACUUCUUGAUGCGUGAACAAAACGGUUACAAGGACGAUGAUAUCAGAAUGCUUACGGAUGAUACGGACAAGAAGCCUACGAAAAAGAAUAUAUUGGAUGCCAUGUCCUGGCUUGUUAAGGGUUCCCGGCCGGGAGAUUCAUUAUUUCUUCAUUACUCCGGGCACGGUAGUCAGGUUGCCGACACGAAUGGCGACGAAAUCGACGGCAAAGACGAAGACAUUGAGUGCAGCGACUCGUCUAUUAUUAUCGAUGAUGAAAUUCACAAAAUUCUUGAAUCACUAUCUUCUGGCUGUCGACUUACGGCCCUGUUCGAUAGCUGCCAUUCCGGAACGGUUCUGGACCUGCCCUACGUCUACAACUGCCUUGGUGGACGUUAUUGCGCAACUAAAGUGCCAGUGUCGGAUAUUUUAGGCGAUGUGAUAUGCUGGUCUGGCGCUAAGGACGACCAGGAAGGUACCGAUACGCCUCAAGGAGGCGUCAUGACCCGUGCAUUUAUCGAGUCACUGGAGAACAAACCUGUGCAGUCAUAUCAGGAUCUUCUCCACUCCAUCAGGACGACGAUCCAGCGUAAAACCUAUAAACAGAUUCCGCAGCUGGGAAGUUCUCUUCCAAUGGACACUAGUCUGGAUUUUAUCUUCUGAACAUAUUUUGACCUCCCCCGAGCCGAAUUAUCUGAGCGCUUAAUGUGUAUUGUAUAAUAAAAUGCUAAUCCGUGAUUAAUUGAUUAUCGG